CUGAGCAAUGACAUGCCUUGAUACCAGAGAGAGAAAAAUGCUAUUCCAACAGGGCACAGCGGCUCAUCAGCUAGGCUAGGUUGUUGGAGUGGAAAAUAAAACUGGCUACACGUUGAAGGAGAGAAGAAGAAGAAGAAGAAGAGGAAGAAGGAGAAGAAGAAGAAGAAGAGGUGGCCAUCAAGAUAUCAGGUCCACAGAGACGUCCCAGAGCCUCUUGAAGUUCUCAGCUUUGAUGCAGUGCAGUGAACCUGGUGCAAGAUGACGGAAGAGGUGAUUGUCAUCGCCAAGUUCGACUACAUGGCUCAGCAGGACCAGGAGCUGGACAUCAAGAAGAACGAGCGCCUCUGGCUCCUCGACGACUCCAAGUCCUGGUGGAGGGUUCGAAAUGCCACCAACAAAACAGGCUUUGUGCCGUCCAACUACGUGGAGCGGAAAAACAGCGCCAGGAAAGCGUCUAUCGUCAAGAAUCUCAAAGACACACUAGGAAUCGGGAAGGUGAAGAGCCGGAAAGGCGGGAUGCGAGACACGGCGUCCAAUGCAGACACAGACAUGUACGCGGAUAACGGCGAGCGGCUGUACGACCUCAACCUGCCGGCGCUGGUCAAGUUCAGCUACGCGGCGGAGCGCGAGGACGAGCUCUCUCUGGUGAAAGGCACGCGGGUGGUGGUGAUGGAGAAGUGCAGCGACGGCUGGUGGCGCGGCAGCUACAGCGGGCGCUCCGGCUGGUUUCCUUCCAACUACGUGACGGAGGACGUCGACGGGACGGCGGGGGGAGGGGGCGUGGGCGGGCUCGGAGACCCGGCGGGAUCGCUAACGGAGAAGCUGGCGGCGGUCGUUAACAGCACGACCAACGGCAACCGGGUGCUGCACACGGUCCAGGCGCUCUACCCGUUCAGCUCCGAGAACGACGAGGAGCUGAAUUUCGAGAAGGGCGAGGUGAUGGAGGUCGUGGAGAAGCCGGAGAACGACCCCGAGUGGUGGAAGUGUCGUAAGGCGGACGGACAGCUGGGCUUGGUGCCUAAAAACUACGUCACCGUGCUGGACUCCGCCUCCCAUAAACCCGGAGCGGGGCCCGCGGGGCCGCCCACGCCCGACUGUGACUACAUCUCGCCCUCAGUCAGCGGGCGCUUCGCGGGGAAGGAGUGGUACUACGGGAAGGUGACGCGCCACCAGGCGGAGGUAGCCCUCAACCAGAGAGGCGUGGAGGGAGACUUCCUCAUCCGGGACAGCGAGUCAUCGCCAAACGACUUCUCCAUCUCCCUGAAGGCGCAGAGCAAGAACAAGCAUUUCAAAGUGCAGCUGAAGGAAAACCUUUACUGCAUCGGACAGCGCAAGUUCAACUCCAUGGAGGAGCUUGUUGAACACUACAAAAAGGCGCCCAUCUUCACCAGCGAGCAGGGAGACAAACUGUACCUGAUCAAGGCCCUGGCUGCCUCCUGAUCCCUCUCUGCUGCACACACACACACACAUACACACACACACACACACACACACACACAUAUAGAUCGUUAACUGCAUCCAUGUAUACAGAUACUUAACAGCAGAACACACACUAACAUUCAGACUCCCAGCCUGAGGACUUAACACAUCAUCAGGACUUUAAUGCCCGACUUGUGAGCAUUCCAAGAGGAGGGAUGGAAAAAAAGGAAAGGAGAGGAGGACACUGAGGAAAGGAAACCGGGGAGACAAAGAGACUAUGGACUCCUGAGAGAUGACUACAGACCUCUUGGUCGCCUAUUUUAAAUUAUCCAGAUGUGUUAGGUCAUAGGCAAUGCCAUGUAUUUCCACCUCGAUAUCUAUUAGAGUUGCAUUUAGUUUCUUUUUUUUUUUUUGUUUUGUUGAUAAUAUAUAAUCUUUUUAACAGUUUCUUUUUAAAAUGUGACUAUUUUUUAACUGUAUCCAAUACACAACACACACACACACACACACACACACACACACACGCAGGCAUCUUUCAGGCGUUAGUCCCGCCCACAGAGGUCUACACUUGCAACUUCAGUUUGUGUCGUCCGUCUUACUUCGUUCUUUACACUUUGUGGACACGCUAAUCCACGUCUUCUGCUAACUGCUAAUCAUGAAUAAACAAUUAAGUGACCAAAAUAUAUUUAUUGAUCGACUCUGUCAGGAUCACAGUCGCAAAAGGACACUCAUGCACAUCCCGUUUUUUUUUUUUUUUUUCCCCAUUUAUUUCUCUCCUGCUUGCCUCACAUAUUGCUGUAUCCAUAUCAUGUGAAUGUUACAAAGCUGAGGCAUCACAGACAGGUGGGGGGGGGGGGGGGGGGGGGGAGGGGGUCUUCAAAAGAGAAUCCCAUGACUUUGCAUGCAUGCACGCUAAUGGGAACAGCGUCCUCCUCAUGCCUUCACCGCCUCCCCUUAAGGAGCGAUCCACGGUCCACAUUAGUGACUGCGAGGUGUAGCUGAGAGUCUGGAGGUCAUGUGAAGAGGCAGAAAGCCCCCUCCCCCUGCUGGAGUUUGACUGACAGCUGAUGCGUCCUCUCAGAAAGCGUUGCCAAAGGAGAUCUCUCUCGGGGGAUAAAGUAGGAGGAAAGGCGGAGGAGCUGGUUAUAAAAAGUCUCGUUCUGCAGGAGUCUGAACGGGGAAAUGGAGGGACAGUCCCGGCGGUCCGGAGGAUGAUGUCACUGCUUCAGAAUUAGCGUUCACUGGAGGGAACGGAGGGGUCAUGCAGGGGUCGCUUUUGUGUGGUUGCCGGGUCCUUACAUGAAGCUGGGAGACGCCCUCUUCCUCGAGGAUAUCAGAAACAAACUCCUUCAGGGUCGAAAAGCAAACUGGUUUAACAACCCGGGAAUCUCCACAUCUUACUUCCAUAAGAAGUCUGAGUUUGUUUUUCAGAUGUAGUCAGAACACAUGGUUUGUAUUUACAGUAAAGAUCUCAAGUGAGUGGGCGUCGAUGGAGUGAAAUCAGACCAAGUGGAGUUGAAUGUUGGGGUGCAGCUAGCUAGCAUUAGCGCCUGCAAUCAGAGCUGCAGCAGCGAGGCUCAGGGAAGACGAGGAGGAUGACGAGUUCUCCAGCUGUUGAAUGAGGCACAGAGAAAAAGAGAGAGAGAGAGAGGAAAGGGGAUUUCAUAGAGGAGGAAUGGAAAAAUGGGACCAUUAAAAAAAAAACAAGAGCAGGAUCAUAUAGGGAGGAGAGAGGAUCUGGAUUAGCGCUCCCAGUCGUUAAUGGGCGGGGAAAUCUGAACGCGAGCCAACGCUGAUGCAUCACAGCAGAGAAUAAAAGGAUUUCUGGAUGGCAGUAUUUCUAGAGGGCUUUUAAGGUCUAAUGGGUCGGAGCAUGAAACAUGGGUGUGACCCUUUACUUCCUCGCCGCUCUCCUGGACCUUUACACAAAACGCUUCUUAACGAGUGAGCAUGCAGAAGAUGCAUUUUAAAUCAUCAUUAGCUUACAGUUUGAUUGGAUGGCUUUAAACUUCUAAACAUAAGCAUAUAGUCUGGAUGAAGAUCUUGAAUAAUACGAUAUAAACAUUUAAAAAAAAAAAAAACACAUUCCAGGGUUUAAAUUCUGUUUCGAACAGAAUUGUAGCAACACGGUUCAACAUGUCACAGGAUUUGGUCGUCAGUGUUGCUUGAUCUUUUCCUUUUUUUUUUUUUUGGACUUGAAACCGUGAAGACUGACUCAGUUGAACCUGUUUUGUUCUGUGUGACAACCCGUGCCUGUUCCCCCUCCUUCUGUGUUCAGUCACCACAAUAAGUAUUUGGGUUACAGGAAUCCUGUUACGUCUCGUUUAUUGCGCCCAAUCCCGAGCUGUCGUAUCUGUGCCAUGCUUCUUUUUUUUUCUUCUCCCUGACUAUUAACAUAAGAUGCUGUGUUUGCAUGUGGACAAACUUCUAUCAGCGACCUUUUCUUUUCUUUUCUUUCUUUUUGUUUAAAUUGGGUGAAUCCCCCCUCCCCCUGGCUUCCAGCUCUGCAGCGUCUGCACCAGAACGCCGAAUUAAAAAAAAAAGUGACAAACGCCAACGCCAUGUGCCCCAGUUUGAAGGAUUUAGGAGAUGUUGUUGUUUGUUUUUGUUUUUUUUUAAAUGUGCCUUCACAGCUUUCUGUCAACCAAAGGUUUACUGCACCUUUAAAAGUAUUCAUCUUCCCACGUCCCUCGUCACUGCCUCACAUGAUUUGGUUAAAUCUUUUUGCAUGUGCGUCACACGAGCUCGAUCAGCGCGAGCGAUAUGUCGAAACGGUGUCCGGCGACGUCCUCAUGUAGAGAAAGGCGUUUUCCUAAUUUAAUGCUCUCUUUUGUUGACAGAAGCUCCAACUGUUUCUUUUGUUUGUUGUUGUUGUUGUCAUGAUUAAAUGCCCUUUUAGGCAACAUCGUGUCUAGUUUUCAAGUGACCUUAACUUUAGCAGACUUCAUCACUUCCAUGAAACGGUGAACGCCUACAUGUGUCGUUUCAUUCAUAAGGAGAAGCUCCCAGGUGUGAUCUAAUCAUGACCUGAAUCUCACCUUCAAGCACCUCGACUCUAACGGUAUCACAUGUCGUUAGGUCGUGAAGGAACUGUCUUUUUUAUUUUUAUUUUUAGACAUUCACUUUUGCAGUUUAGCCACUUAAAUAUGUAAAAAAGGAAACGUAUCAUCAGUGCUUACAUGUUUAACUUGAUGUUCAGAAGUUCAGCGUCUCCCUGCAUAGACUCGUCUCAUAUUAAUGGAGGCUGCAUGAGCAGAGCCUUGUAGCUGUGCAGACAUGAUUCAGAAUCUCCUUAAAGGACAAAGACGUUAUCAAGAGUUUAUUUUAUUUUAUCAAACUAUUUCAAGAACUACACGCAGCUGGAGCCCCCCCCCCCGCCCCCCUCCGAACUAAAACCGACAAAAUCUGGUGCUUGAGUGCUGCUUACAUCUCUACGGUGUGCUUUGUCUCGAAAAAGAAAGCUUCUUUUUUUUUUUUUUUUCUGUAUGAGAGAAAGUGAAGAAAACAAAAAACAGAUCCAUGCUGUGGAAAGAGAACGGCGGUGCUGUGAAAUUUUAAUUGUCAUGCUCUUAAUACUGUUUGUAUGGAUGGAUGGGAGAUCGUCUUCAGGUGUAAUAAUUUAGAAGAGUUUAUUAGAGUGUUCAAAAGACGUAAUAAACGAUAAAAACCAAACAGA